AACUGGGCUGUGUCUUCUUCUAACUAUCCCAGCUGCUGUUGACACGCUACACACACUUAAGAGUUGGGAGAAGGGCGAACUCUUGGCUUUUUGUGUCUUUUUACACGCUAUUAAGCCACUUUUGUUGGGUCUGGGCGAGGUGGGUGGCUUGGUUUCGGACGGGAAUGCCAAGACUCGGCUGCUGAACACCGGACGCCUGAUAAUGGCUUCGACGAGGAUAGUCUGCAAAGUUGCUGGUCGACUUUUGGGAAGUCUCGGAGCUCCUCGCUCGGCGACAUUUCUUCGCAAGGUGCAACUGCCGCCGCUUGGGGUUUGUCAGGCUGUGUUCUGCAGCACACGUCCGCCCCCUACAGACGUGUCCCUCAGGUACAAGCACGGCCGCCUGGCUCUGGAGGUGACGCUGACGUGCAGGAGCGAGACCUGCCUCUUCUUUCUGCAGCCCAUGCUCAUGACGGUGGGCGACCUGGUCAACGAGUUGCAGAGGGAGGACCCCGGCGCUGCCGCCACAGUCCUCUCCAAAGACGGCGAACGCGUAGCCAACAACACGCUGAUCGAAGCCCUGCUGAUAGACGAGAACUUCAAGCUGGUCAUCAACGACACAAUUUACAAUGUCCACGCUCCUGAGAAAGUGUGCAAGUCCAGUGAGCACGCCCUGCAGCUGGACGACAUGAAGCACGUGGUGCACCUGCUGCACACGGCCCUGCACCUGCCCGAGCACCAACUGAUCCAAGAGCGCCAACUCCUCGAGAGACUGGACAGCCUCAAGCAGGAGCUGUCCCCCCUGGAGAAGAUGAAGGCUCAGCUGUCUCACACCGCUGAGUUCCAAACGUCCAGGGCGGUUUGGACGGGUUUGGCGCUGCUGUCCGUGCAGGGCGGCGCCCUGGCCUGGCUCACCUGGUGGGUGUACUCGUGGGACGUCAUGGAGCCCGUCACCUACUUCGUCACCUACGCCACCAGCAUGGGGGCCUUCGCCUACUUCGUUCUCACAAAGGAGGAUUAUAUCUAUCCCAACGCCAAAGACAGACAGUUCCUGCAUUACUUCUACAAGGGGGCUACCAAGAAGAAGUUCAAUGUGGAAAAGUACAAUGAACUCAAAGAUGAGUUGGCUCAGGUGGAGGAUGACCUGAAACGCCUGCGCUAUCCCACACAGCUUCAACUCCCCAUCGAACAGAUCCAGCCCAAGGCAUAAAGUCAUCACAGAACAAAAACAAAAAAAAAAGUUAUUUUCAUAAUGCUGCAUUUUUAAUCCAGUAUAUUGAUGAUGGUUGUCUUUGGAAGAGGGACGGGAAUCUACAAAAAUAAACUGGAAUACUGAAAUAAACUCA